UAAUACGCAGCUCUAUUAUCACGUAAUCCCGAAAAACGACUUGAUCGGGGCCGAAUGCUCUUCAGUCAUUCCCGCGCUCUUCUAUCGCGCUCAUACGUUUCUGCAUUGAACUCUACAUCCCCGACAAUCGAUACGCGGGCGGGUUUACCGAGAAGCUUCAAUACCGUUGCCAAUUUAUUUUUUCUUCCUCGACCAGAAUCAAACGGAGACGAGGAUCUAGUGUUUGCUGUGGGGAGAGGAAAGUUAUACAGAGAAGAUGAAAACAAUUUGGGUAAUUGGUGGGCCGGGAUGCGGCAAAGGAACGCAAUGUGAUCGUAUAAUUGAAAAGUAUGGAUUUCUUCACUUGAGCAGUGGUGAUUUACUGAGAGCAGAAGUUGCUAGUGGCAGCGAAAGAGGUGCGGCGCUUCAGGAUCUGAUGUCCAAGGGACUAUUUGUGCCAACGGACAUUGUGCUGGAACUCAUAAAGGAACAGAUGGAUAAAGCUCGUGCGGAAGGAACCACAAAGACUGGAUUUCUUAUCGAUGGCUAUCCUCGUGAGAAGGAUCAAGGAAUUCUCUUCGAGGAAAAGGUUUGUCCUGUCGACUUAAUUCUCUUCUUCGAUGUAGCGAAUGAUACUAUGAAGAAGAGACUCCUUGGGCGUGCUGCUGUGUCCCAAAGGGCAGAUGAUAAUGAGGAGACAAUAAAAAAAAGAAUCGAGAUAUUUAAUGCAAAAAACAACGAGAUUGUCAAACAUUACGAAAACAAAGUUAUAAGAAUUAAUGCGGAAGGAACAGUCGAUGAAAUAUUCGCCAAGGUAACGAAAGCGCUGGACACCCUUCUUGGCAAUCCUGAUUCAGUGUAGUACCAAUCUAUAGAAAUAGUAAUACUUAUGUCGUACUAUCAUAACAAAAUAGCAGUACAAAUAGUCGUACACAUUUAGCUUUUUUUUAUCGACUCAGGCAGCAAGCUGGCUCCAGCUUACUGCCUGAGCCGGUAAAAAAAAAAGUUAAAUGUUUACGACUAUUUGUUCUACUAUUUUGUCAUAUAAAAUAUAUAAAAUUGCACGUUCAACAAUAUUUUCAU